AAUCAAGUUCAUAAAUAAACACGAGAAUUAUAAAGCUCGGCAUUUUCUUCAAAAUUCUCCUUAAAAUGCCCGAGUUAAGUGAAAAUUCUUGGUCUAGUGCAAUCCUCAAAUUGUAAAAAUGACGACUGCCUAAGAUUUUCGGAAAAUUCUCAUUGAACGCGCAUAAAAUUCAGAAAUAUUCACACAAAAAAAAAAGAGUCGGAAAAAUUAACACAAAAGCCAUCAUGGCAGGCGGCAACGGUGGCAACGGCGGCGGCGAAGAUGAACAUAAAAACAAGAAAUUGGAGCUUCGGUCGCCCGUAGGUACGGAACCUUUUUAUUAUACAUGGCCUCUGAUAAUUGGAACGGGGCCCGAUAUGCACGACGGAGCAGCUGACAUCAUCGAUACCGUGCGAUGGGUCUGCGAAGAAGUGCUGGAAAUCAAGUCGGCAUUAGAGGAUAUUGUCUUCCACGAGGUCGACACAACAAGUUACAUGGCGAUGAAAUAUUUUUGCGAUCGUUACAACAAAGUGGUUGACAGUUUUGUGCAGCUGCAAAAGGGCACUUCUCUCCCCGCCGUUCGUUACACGUAUCCAAGUCGCGGUCUUUUGCGCCACAUCAUCCAACAAACUUACAACGUAGCGGUAGCAGAGCCCGAAAAACUCAACCAAUACGAACCAUUUUCGCCGGAGGUGUAUGGUGAAACAUCUUACGACCUGAUUUGUCAGAUGAUCGACCAGAUCGACAUCCGCGAAGACGACAUUUUUGUCGAUUUGGGCUCGGGCGUCGGACAAGUUGUGCUCCAAAUGACAGCAGCAACACCCGUCAAAGUUUGUUACGGCAUCGAAAAGGCGGAUGUGCCAUCGCGAUACGCUGAGGACAUGAGCAAACAUUUUUUGCGAUGGAUGCGAUGGUUCGGCAAGAAAUACAACGACUACCAUUUAAUCAAGGGAGACUUUUUGGCGGACGAACAUCGCGAAAAAAUUAAUUCUGCCACGAUUGUUUUCGUCAAUAACUUUGCGUUCGGUCCAAAUGUGGAUCAUCAGUUGAAAGAACGCUUCGCAGAUCUCAAGGACGGUGCUCGAAUCGUGUCCUCGAAGAGUUUUUGUCCCUUGAAUUUCCGCAUUACGGAUCGGAAUCUCAGCGAUAUCGGGACAAUUAUGCAUGUGAGUGAAAUGACGCCGAUGAAAGGAUCGGUUUCGUGGACCGGGAAGCCAGUUUCGUAUUAUUUGCACAUCAUUGACCGCACAAAACUCGAACGGUACUUCCAGCGACUCAAAACUAAGGGAAAUGACAACGGAAAUGAUUACGUAGUUGGUCGCAGUGGUUCACGAGACAAAGGAAAACGCGUUACUUUGAUGGAUGACACAUCAACGGAGAGCGAAACGGGAGGCGAUGUCACGGGAGCAACAACCCGCAAAGCAUGGUCCGACUACUGCAAAGGCAAAAGUAGUCAAUCGGAGGAAGAAAACAACAAUGCGCAUCGUUCCAGUAGUACAGGCGUUGCUAAAAAACGACGCAAAAUUACGCGACCCAAAACGACAAAUCAGACAAAUCGUGCAGCGCAACAAGCUCAAGGUACAACGAAAAAAGCGACAAAAGGCGGGCGCGUCAAAAAAGGCAAAGCAAAACGUCCCUUGCGCAUCAGCGGGUUAGAUCUCUUGCACAAUCAAACGGUUCUAAGUACCUCGGAGUCGCUUAUUGGCAAGAAAUUACCGCCGGCACGUGGUUGCAUCGAUCAACAACUCUCCUCGAUCGCUGGAACAAUGGUGCAUGAAGAGCUCGAAAUACCCGCGGCACCUUUGGAGACCCCAUAUGCACUCCAAAUCCUCAUGGAUGUCUUCAAAACUCAAAUGAUGAACUUUUUGAACAGCAUGCGAACGCCCACGUACAAAGACAACCUCAACGAUCAGAUCUCAAAGGAGCGCGAACGCAACCAACGCUUGUUAAAUCGUGCCGGGCAGCUCGAAAAACAGAUCCGAGUCCUAAUUGACGACAGUGUCAUUUUAUUAAAAGCUCGUAUGAACGAAUUGGGCAUAAAUACCACGAGCCAAAAUGACUUGUUAUGCAAGGCAAAGGAAAUUGUGGGACGUCACAAGGAACUCCAAGUGAUGGCAGCCAAGCUACAAAGUCAGGUAACGGCAAUCGAGAAGGAUCAGAACCAAAUGGUGUUGGCCCAUGUGAAAAAAUUAGCAGAUAAACAUCUCAAAACGCCCCUAAAUGGCGAGGAAUUGGAAUUAAAUGCCAGCGCAUCGCAAGAACUCAUCCUAAAAGAGAUCGCCAACACCUUGUCGCAACGCAAAAAGUUACAUGCGCAAGUCUCCACGCUCGAAAGUGAGUUAGAUAUCAUCGAAAAAUCCGCUGCCGAACGAAAAGUCGUCUUACAAAGCACUCCCGUAAUGCCAAUUCCCCCACCGAGCAACGUUUCCGAUCGACAUGCAUCUGUCACUGCUUCAACUAAGCCUGGGAAUCAACAUUCAGCGACUUCCUCCUCAUCGUCGGGUAAAUCCAAUCGCAAAAAUCGCGAGAAUCGAGCUCGAUCUCAAGAUUGGCCCGAUAUUCCUGACGUCGGCAAGAUCGAAGAAAGUAACCCUGAGGUCUUAGCGCAGAAAAUUCUCGAAAAGGGACGUCAAAUUGAAGCUGGAAAGUUUUCGGCGACAUCAACGACGUCCUCUGGCUCAAGCAAAUCCCACAAAAAUGACGAAAGUAGUAGUAAAAAGCAUCCGCAUCACCCGGUUGAUAGUGCUUUGAUGCCUGCGCCGCCCAUGGUUAGUAAGCAACAACAUCGAAAUAUGGCGCAAAAUGUUCCGGCAUCGAAAUAUCAACAACAACCGGCGAAUCUCCCACCUUCUCCAACGCCAACGACGCCACAAACGGCAUCCGGGAAACUCCAGGACUCCCCGCACAAAGUUGUCAACUUUGAAGAUCGGCUCAAAAGUAUCAUCACUUCCGUGUUGCAAGGACAGGAACAAGCCCCAUCGCCAAAUAAACAACCUUCUCAAGGUCAAAUGCCUCCGCAAGGUCAAAUUCAUCCCGAAAUGGCUCAUUUGAAGAAGCAACAACAACAAAAUAGUCAAAUUAUUUACCAACAAAAUGCAGCGUCGCAAGGUCAAGGUCAUCAUAACAAAGGAUCAUCUUCGUCCUCGUACAUGGGACACAAUCGGGAAAGUCCCAUACAGCAUCUACCUCCGGGAACGCAUCACCUGACAGCAUCAACUACCAUCACACCCACCUCGGGCAUCCCGUAUAAGCAACAAAUGCAACAGCAUACAUCGACAAAAAUCUCGCCGCAGUCGAAAUAUGGCCCGAAUCCCGCUGCAAAUCCUCAAGGUUCAUUACAAUACGCGAAAAAUCUCUCCUUGAGUAUUUCCCCGACGACGACAAUGCCUCAUGAUCCGCAUCCCAGUCCAAAUAACGUCAUGUACCAUCAAUAUCAAGGCCCCCAUGGCAUGGAUCCGCAUCACAAAGUUGAGUUCAAGGCACCGGAAAAUUAUCGGGAACGUCAAUACAUGGGCGUAAUGGUGAUGGAUCAUCAAAAUAACCCGACGGCAUCGCAACCGGUACGCAUUAACAUUCCGCCGCAACAAGAUAUGCCCGAAUAUAUCAGUGGGCGUAGCAGUGAUCCCAAUUCCCGAGCGUCAUAUGUCACUGUGACAAAUCAACAAUCGCAUUCGCGUCCCAGUUCGUCGUCAUCGCAGCCGGAUUACACGCAAGUAUCUCCCGCGAAGAUGGCUUUGCGACGUCAUUUGUCGCAAGAAAAGCUCGUGCAGCAACUUCCGCCCGGCGUUCAACUUUCCUCAAGCUCAAAAACGAUCGGGGAUCUCGUAAAUGGCGAAAUUGAACGUACGCUUGAGAUUUCGAAUCAAAGUAUCAUCAAUGCUGCUGUCAAUAUGAGUACGAUGUUGGGACCGCAAGGCACGAAUGGAGCUCCAAAUGCGAAUCCGAACCAUACGGUCAUCAAUACGAACAUCCAGAGACCGGAACGUGUGAGUGUUCGAAUGAUGGAAGAAGCAGCAGCUGCUGCCGCGAAUGCUUAUCAGAUCCAGCAACCGUCGUACAGUCCAAUUUCGAGACCAAAUAGUCGCGAAUUGGAUAAAAGUCCCGUUAAUCCGCAUGCUCAAAGUAAUUUAGCGACUUUAGCUCACGUUGCAACUUAUAGUCAACAAAAAACUUCCUAUGCGGCGUCUUCGUCGUCCUCGACAUCGCAUCACGGAAACGCAUCCGGGUCCAAACAACUGAUUUCACCGAGAAAUGCGCAGUACAGCAGUAGCUCGAACACGACAGUUGUUUAUCAAUCGACACGUGAUCGCGGCAAUUCGCAAUAUUCCGAGGGCGGAAGACGCGGCGAAGAACGUUACAUGGCACUUCCGAGAGCUGAAAUGAAAUUUGGCAUGGAGUCGUAUUACACGGAUGAUCAUAAGCCGCCGCCGAUGUUGGCGCAACAGCAACACGUGAAGCAACAACAAACGCGGGAUCUGAUGUUGCACGAUGAGCAGCAGCAACGCAUGAUUCGCGAGGAAAAUCGACGGAUGCGGUGUGUGGAUGAAGAAAGUAAACCGUUGGAAGGCUUGGCAGCAUCGUUACAAGCAAGAAUAGUUGCCCAAAUGCAAGUUAAAGAAGAGCAAGAUGUACGUCAACGUCCUGAUAUGAUGAUGCAGUCGUCCCAUAUUAAAACUGAAGGAGGCCUCAAACGAACAUCUCCCCUGAUCCAAUCGCAUACACGCCCACCCAAACUGAUGUAUGCCGAUGUGCCCGAAACCAUCAUGAAUCCCGAAUUGUUGCAUCCGGGUCGCUCCAAUGUCACCGUUGGACCUCUCAUGAGUCCCGAAAUCAACUCGUUGACGGCCGAUGACAAGCACAACGUGGUGCGCUCAAGACACGAUGACGAUGACGUGCCGGACGACGAAUCGCACUGGCAAGAUCGCGUCAGUUCUGGCUUCGAUCGUUUGGUUGCCUUUGCCUCCACUGAACUAGAUAAGACACGGCGCUCCAUUGAGGAUGCCGGACCACCAAACAGUUGCAAUACAUCGCCAGACUCGGGUAUUGCACACAGUGAUGGUCGCACAUUUUUGUCUAGCUCGUCGUCGAGCGGGUCGCAUCUCGAGUUGCCCAUGGUGGUGCGUGGCAGCGGCACUUAUGCCCAUCAUCAUCAUCACAUGCAUCAUCAGCAAUCGUCGUCGACGUCAUCAAGUGGCGGUUUACUGAAAACCACAACGGUGCCCAUCAUCAAGUCGAGCCCGGCAGGCGAACCCCUGCUCGAUAAUCAACCGCCACGAACCCCAAGCCCCUCGGAAACGUCAGAAAGCCCACCAAUUAUCUUUAAUCAUCAUGCAAGCGCCGCAUCGCAAAUUCCCGUCACAAACAGCUUGAAGAUCCCGCUGAAGUACCAACGACAAAAAAUCACAUCCGAGAAACAUUUUAAGAAAAAAUUCCGUGAACGCAACUGGGAAGAAUACGAAGACAGCUCGUAUGCCCGCGGAGAGGCCGGAACCAAUGCGGAAGGCGAAUCAUCGCGACACAAACACAAAUCGGCAAAAUUCCGACCGAAAGGCAAGGAUUGGCAUUGGGAUAACGAAUAAACUGUUACUGUUAUUUUUUUUUUUUGACAAAUUUUUAUAUUUUUUGUUAGAUUUUUUUUUUGUUUUUUUUUCACGAUCAAAAUAAUUAAGAAUUACUGCCAACUUGAGCCAAAUAAGGCAACCCAACUAACAAAGAGAGACACAAAAAAGCAAUAAAAACUUCUAAUUAUCCCCCAUAUCUCUCUCCUUUGUAAAGAACAAACACUUAGGAAAAUUUUAGUUUAAUUUUUUGAACUGCCAUUCAACGUUCGACGUACUUUAAGAAAGAAAAAAUAAUUUAAAAUAAUUUUUUGUAUGAAAAAUUUAAGAAAUUUUAAGGAAAAUUUCAAAAGUAAAUAUUUGUAAAAUUAAAGACUAAUUAAACAAAGUAA